AUGUAAGGUCCAUAAAUCCCAGCUGUAGUCUCAAUAAGACCAUUCCCUAACUCAACUAGAUUCUUAUCAACAUCAUCAAAGAAAGCCAAACAUCAUGGAGAUGAUCUUGACGUUAAAGUAGUCAAUUAAGAAUCUGAAGGCACUUAUUUUUUAUUGGAAAACGUUCAUGGCGCAGUCUAUAAAAUUAAGCCUGCUUCACAUCCAAAUCAUUUCGUCUUCUGUUCAAGCGAAAGCAAUAAAAAAUUCGGAACAGACUUGGAUAUCAGAACUCAUCACCAUAAUGAAGCAAGAAACAAUUGGAUUAUUGAGAAUGUAGGCUGGAGUACAUUCACAAUCAGGUCUGAAACAAAUCCAAAUUAUUAUCUUUUUGCCGCUGAUGAGGGAUAACAUCAUGAUGAAGCUGAUGUGAGAGCUCAUACAAAUUUAGAGUAAAGAAAUCUUUGGUUUAUCAUCACAAUACCAAACAUCGUCCACCCAUAUCCUCUCUUACAUCAACCACCUAUUGUCACACUUAGACCUAUCCUUUUGCCAUAACACUUCUUAACAUUUGGAGAUGUGCAUUAAGAGUUCGAUGCUGAUUUUGCAGUUAAAGUAAGAGGAGUAAGAACAGAAAAAUGUACAUUCUAUUUGGAUAGACUUUAAGGAAACACAUUCACAAUUAGACCAACUGCCAGUCCAAUUUACUAUUUGUUCUGUGCCAAUGGUAAAACAUUAAACAAAUGGGGUGACUUCGAUGCCAGAUACCAUGUAAACAAAGAAGCCAGAAAUAAUUGGAUCAUCGAACCAUCUGGACCUGGAUACUGGCUCAUUAGAUCAGCUACUAAUCCAGAUCAAUUCCUAUUUGGAGUUCAAGAUGAAGGAAAUGGUCAGGAAUUCAAUGUUAGAACACAUCCAUGUAAUGAAGAUAGAAAUAGAUGGGCUAUAGAUGGAUUCAAUGGAUGAGUAUUUUAUUAUAGAUAUAAUCAC